AUGAUCCAAUGCUUACCAAGCCCUGCUGCAUCCACAUGCCCCAUUUACGCCUUCAGUGGUGGCCUUCGCUUAGGGAACUCUUGGACCGCACUUUCCGGAGUGUGGAACGGGGCAAUCUAUGGUAUUGACUUGGUAAGCCAGGUGCUGCAGUCCAGCUUCACAUCAAUGGAGCAGAUGUCGUUGGUCCUGUCCAAUGUGCAUGAUCCAAAUGUGCAGGUGUCAUUGGCCGGUUGGAGUCUGGGGGCCAGAGCCGCGACCCGCUUUGCCGGCGUUUUGGAGCGGAUGGGCAGCUGCGUACGAGGGAUUUUUGCCUUGGAUGACCGCCGUAAGUUACCUUUCUCCCCUGCAGAGGCACAGCAGUCCAUUGGACUCGUGGGUCUACUCUGUGCCGCUGAAACUGUGCCAGCUUUUCGAGCAUCUGCACUCUGUUAG